GGGGCACGGCCCCCUCUCUCCCGCCCUUUCCCACUGGACGGGCCCGUCGCCCCCCGCGCGCGCGCGCGCACGCGCGUAAGCACGCACAAAAGCGAGCCCAGGCGGCAUGCAAAUGAGCUGGCUCCAGUACUCAGACUCAAGUUCCCCACUGCUCAAUGGACACCCCCAGCCCAGACCCACUGCCUUCGCCUUUGCCUGGGGAGGAAGAGAAACCUUUGGCCUUACUUCCUCCUGUUCCCAGGGGCCGCCGAGGACGACCUCCAGGGCCAACUGCCUCCUCCAAUCGGACACUCAAGACCUCUCUUCCUCGGAAAAGAGGCCGGCCCCCAAAGUCUGGGCAGGAGCCCCCACUGGCGCAGGGGUUGACGGCGCCAGUGGACAGCGGUGGGAGCAGCGACAUCCUUCUGAUCGAUGAUCAGGGUGUGCCUUACACUGUCUCUGAAGGGGACAUGGCAGGUGCUCCCCAGGGCUCUGGCCCCAAAAGAGCCCCGCACUUUUGCCCCGUGUGCCUGCGGGCCUUCCCCUAUCUCUCCGACCUGGAGCGCCACAGCAUCUCGCACUCAGAGCUGAAGCCGCACCAGUGCAAGGAUUGUGGCAAGUCCUUCAAGCGGUCUAGCCACUUGCGGCGGCAUAGCAACAUCCAUGCAGGCCUGCGGCCCUUCUGCUGCCUUCUGUGCCCCCGCCGUUUCCGUGAGGCCGGGGAGCUGGCACACCACCAACGUAUUCACUCUGGGGAGCGCCCAUACCAGUGCCCCUUGUGCCGGGUGCGCUUCACUGAGGCCAACACGCUCAGGCGCCACUACAAACGCAAGCACCCAGAGCUCGUGGGGGUGCCUGUGCGUCUGUGUCCCCCAGAGCCGAGGCCGGAGUCGCCGCCGUGGGUGGAGGAGGGCAUUCCCACCACAGCAAGGGUGCCUGAGGAAGGCCCAGAGGGGAAGGACCCCUCCUGACCGGUACCCCCAGGCACUUCUCCAUAGGAUGGGUUUGCUGGUGCUGUACAGGGGCAAGGAGACCAGGACACUCUCAUUCAUGGUGGGAGGGAGUCUAGGGCAGGGACCUAAACUUCAGGGACAUGCGGCCUUCUGGCACUCUCCUGUGGACUGCCAGGCUCUUGGAGGUUGGAACUGUGGAAAUAAAUGCCUGCCUACUGGCUGUCUGUGUGUGUGUUCUGUAAUGCCUUCCCCCUUGCGGUGUUCUUGGGCCCCACUGGCCUGAAAGGAGUGUGUGGGAUAGGACAGAACCCCAUUAGUGACUAAACGGCCUGUCUUCCAUCUCCAUCAGACCCAGAUAGUCCCCCUCCCCAGACUAGUCUAAAACACUGAACUUUCAA